ACACAUUUCCCGGUAUAAAGUCGUCCUUCGGUAUGUACACUCAAAAAGCCAGUUGGCCCCUUAGAGUUCAAUUCGUUUUGCCGGCAAAAUACAUUAUAUUUUUAAUAAGAUAUUAUUUUUCUUCGGCAGAUUUUUUUUUUUCUGACGUCAUAUUUCCGCGCCCAGGUGCCAUCUGAAAACGUGCCGUUCUGUGCUGUGGACAUAACACUGAACUGAAUGAUAGAUAUACCCUGGGACAGAAUCGGAGACACUUUAAUAAUGCUAAAACUGUCUCGGACACAACUGAGCAUCUGUUGAGCGUAAUAAUUACACUUCCUGGUUCGGAACUGCGAGAUUUGUUAUGCGAGAUAAAUGCAAUUUAUAGUGUAUAUACUGAACUGUGUUGUUAUUUAUCCAGCUUUGACGAAAUGCCUAAGUAGCAAACGGUUGAGAUGCGACUAGCAGCAGCAUCAGGAGCACUGCUUAAAUGUCUGCCAUGUUUAGUCCGAUCUCGCGGUUUUUCUGAAGUUAGUUGUCGGGAAUUCAGUGGGCUACCUGGAGAAGAUGUCCAAGCAAAAUCCCAUCCGCAGUCUAAAGAGGCGUCACUCUACGUGCAUUGGCCGUACUGUCUGAGACGCUGCUCUUACUGCAACUUCAACAAGUACAUCUCCCGGUCUGUCAAUCAUGUCGACAUGACGACAUGCCUGCAGCGGGAGACGGAGACACUGCUGAGGCUGAGCCAGGUGUCCAGCAUCACCUCUGUGUUUUUCGGGGGCGGAACUCCCAGCCUGGCUCCGCCCUCAACCGUUGCUUCCGUCUUGGAGACCAUUGCUAAGCAAGCUGGUCUCCGGGUCGACGCUGAGGUCACACUAGAGGUCAACCCCACCCCUAUGGGCGUGGCCAAGCUGGCCGAUUUCCUGCAUGCUGGAGUCAACCGAUUCUCUGUGGGAGUACAGUCACUGCGAGAUGAGGACCUGAGGGUGCUGGGGAGGGACCACCAUUCCCAGCAUGCCCUGCGCACGGUGGAGGAGGCACGGCGAUUGUGCCCGGGGCGCGUAUCUGUUGAUGUCAUCUUUGGGCGCCCAGGACAAGGCCUGGCCUGCUGGGAGGCGGAGCUGGGUGAGCUGCUAUUGGUCUGUGAUGAUCAUGUGUCUCUGUAUCAGCUCACCCUCGAGAGGGGCACACAUCUGUUCAGGCAAGUGCAGGCGGGCCAGCUGAGCUUGCCGGGUGAAGAGGUCAUGGCCCGCAUGUACGAGUCAGCACGGAGGAUUCUGGGAGAACGAGGCUUCCUACAAUACGAGGUGUCAAACUUCGCCAGAAAUGGAGCGGUUAGUUCACACAACCUCACUUAUUGGAGGGGAGGGGAAUUCCUUGGUGUGGGACCAGGAGCGCACGGUCGCUUUGUUCCCCGGGAGAAGGGAGGGGUGUUCAGAGAGGCUCGGACUCAGACCCUGGAGCCAGACGUUUGGAUGGCGGAGGUGAAGCGCUGGGGUCACGGAACCCGCAGACGUGUGGAGCUCAGUCAUGUGGAGUUGUUGGAAGAGGUGUUGGUUAUGGGCCUGCGCCUAACAGAGGGGAUAUCUCACCAGCACUGGAACCUGUUCAGUCCUGGGUUGGGUCUCCAGCAGGUGGUGGGGGAGAGUGCAGAGGUGCAGGCGUUUCUAGAGAGGGGACUGCUCGUCUUAGACCACAGGGGUCUGCGCUGUUCCUGGAAGGGGCUGGCUGUUUUGGACAGCCUGCUGCCCCCCCUGCUCUUGGAGCUGCAGGCACAUGCUCAGGCCCAGGAGGUGCAAGGGGAGUGCACCACGGGGUUCGAGUGAGGGGGGCGGGGGGGUGCAGAGGGAGGUAGAGGAAUGCGCAUAGGCCGCGACAGCGGGUGGGAUGUUAACGGGCCAGCGUGUGGCGGUGUUUCGCGGUUCACUGUUCCGUUUUUUGGGCUUUAAAAAUGCACCACAAGCUCAUUAGAGGUUCUACACAACGUGGUGAAUAACCUGUAUAUUUACCUUUAUAUAUAAUAAUACUGUAUAUUUAAUAUAUCAAGUGUUUUAUUAAUAAAUUGAUAUUUUGGC